AUGAAAAUAGUUUUUAGCGAUUACUGUCAGGCAGGAUUUCGAUUGAAUGAAAUAUUCAAAAUNNGUACACCUGAAGCAAAGGAGAAGGCGCAACAGCAGUUUCCAGAAACACCUAAAGGAAUUGGUGCAAGUCCAUCUGGGCAAGUAAUCGCUGCGCAAGGAGCUGAACCACUACCACAUAAAGGGGAAGAAUUUUCAUUUUCAAAAGUUCAACCUUAG